CAACAUUGACAUUUGAACAUCGUGUGUGGAGGGGUAAUUACCACGUGCGAACGAUAUUUGUUAUUGGUUCUCAAAAAUGUUAAAAGUGAGAUCAAAACACGAGUCCUCUAGCUCAAAGCGCAACAGAUCCGUCGGUAAGAAAUCGAAGAAACGUUUCCAUCAACGAAUAGACGCAACAAGCACGAAAUCGAAAGUCAAAGUCAAAAAGCAUCGGAUACAUACCGCGGAAUCGUCAAAACAGACUGGAUCGAAUGACCAGCCGUCAAUGACAGCGUACGAGUAUUAUGUUCAGUGUCGAGCCAAAAAUGAAGAAUUGCGAAAGAAACGGAUAAGCAGUCAAAUGCGAGGACCAAUUAGUAAGAAACGAAUGAGAGCUCUUCAUGCUCUAAAAUCUCGCACGAAAAGUCCACGGCCCGCUGAAGACAUCGAGAUCUACGACGUGUUAAAUGAGGAAGUUGAGGGUGAAUCAGAUUUGGAGCAGGAAAUUGAAGAGAUAUCAAUGGAAAUUGAAAGCGACUCAAACGACAGUUCAAGCGGUGACAUUCUCACCGGUUCCAAUGCAUCCCCACAAUUUUUCACUUCGACGAAUUCGACUCAAGUUCUGUUGCUGUUGAAAGGCAAAAUUUACUUCCACGGUGCAUUGAAAAUUCGUUUACUGGCCGGUGAGGUGUGCAUACUCGGACAUGAUUUGCAAUCGAAUGAAACCGUUACGGCUUAUUCACCGCGUGGACAUAGUUUUCUCUAUUUGGCACCGUCGUCCCAGCAGCAAACGAAUGAAGGUGAAACCAUUGAUCCGAUGGAACAGUUAAACGUUCAGUUGAGAAAACUGUCGAAUCGUUUCCUUCGAGCAGACCUAAAGGAAAUCAUUUCGAAUUUUGAUCGGUCCACGGAUGCUGUCCUGUUGUUGGAAGGUGACAUCAGCAAAAGCAUUUUUAUGAUCGAGAAUUACAUGAAGGAAGCGGUCUUUCCGAAUGUGAACACGUUCUCACUGCGACCAUUUCAUCAGUCCGAGUCGAUAGUCCGAAGUCAAUUCAUGCUUCACACGUCAAGCGGAAGUGGCCUGAAAAUCAAUCCACAGUGGCAAGACAUUGCGAUGACAUCGACCAGUCGGCAUGUAAUCAUUGGUGGCAAGGGCGUUGGAAAGUCGACGUUCUUGCGAUAUUUUGUGAAUCGGAAUUUAACAAAAUUCAAAAACGUUUUACUGAUCGAUCUGGACAUCGGGCAGCCGGAAAUGUUUCUACCGCAAACGGUCAGCGCUACUGUAAUCACCGAACCGAUAUUAGGACCAGGCUAUUUACGAAAUAAGUCACCGCACAAGUCGUACCUGUUCGGCGAUGUGAACGUCCUGGUGUCGUCGAUCAAAUAUCUGAAAUGUGUGCUGAAACUGCUGAAAUAUUGCCAGUCCGUCGACGAGUUCAGAUCGAUGCCAUGGGUCGUCAAUACAAUGGGCUACAGUCGGGGAUUUGGUUUGGAGUUGAUUGUGGCUAUUCUACGGACGCUAAAGCCCACCGAUUUGGUUCAGAUUCAGGCUGGUCGCGAGGAAAAUAAUUUCGAUAAAGUUCUGCUUGCCGAUGAGGUUAACAAUUUCCGGUUCGAUUUCUUUGAUGAAGAAGUCCGUGACGUGGACAGUCAUUGUACAUAUUCAACGCAUAUCUGUGACUCAAUGUCGGUGACGAAUAGGAAACGCGUAUGGGACAUAUCACCGAAAGACCUUCGCUACGCAACGAUUCUGUCGAAACUGGGGAAUAUUCUGAAGGGAAACGCUAAAUGGAUAACGGAUGUGAAGCCGGUUUGUGCAUCGUUGGAGGAUAUCAAAAUUGUUAUUGUAAAUGACGACAACAUCGGUCCGGAUUUGCGAUCGAAAACCAUUAACGGAAAUUUAGUCUACCUGUGCCGGUCGAACGAUGACGAUACUGAUGAUAUACUGGAAUGUUACGGACUGGGUAUCGUCAGAUCCGUCGAAACGGCAAACAGUAAAGUGUUCCUUUUAUCAUCAAUUAGUACCGAUGAACUUCGGCAUGUGAAUGCAUUGGCUAUAUGUAGUAUACCGCUGCCAACAUCUAUUCUGAUCAGUCAAAGUACCAAAAUCACCGGAAUGGUUCCGUACGCCUAUUCCAGCGAUAAUUUUAUCGGUUCCAAACAAAUUGUGCCUAUAACGUACAGACCUGAUAAGCAAAAGUCCAGAGCAACUGUGAAAUGAGUAGAAGGAAUGGGAGAGAUAUUUUGGAAGGAAAAUAUAUUUUCGGGUGUAAA